CAUUUUGUGAAGAGACGAAGACUAAGUGGUGCGGCUGAGUCGUCGACCUCGAGCAGCAGUUGGCUUCUCCACGUAGAACCCGGGAGUAGGAGAUUCAGAAUCGAAUCUCUUCUCCCUUCCCCCUCCUGUUUUUCAGCUUUGUGAAGAACCUUAACAUCAAAGGAAAUGGCCAGCAAUGUCACCAAUAAGACAGAUCCUCGCUCCAUGAACUCCCAUGUAUUCAUUGGGAAUCUCAAUACUCUUGUGGUCAAGAAAUCUGAUGUGGAGGCGAUCUUUUCAAAAUACGGCAAAAUUGUGGGUUGCUCUGUUCAUAAGGGUUUUGCCUUUGUUCAGUACGUUAAUGAGAGAAAUGCUCGGGCUGCUGUGGCAGGAGAGGAUGGCAGAAUGAUUGCUGGCCAGGUUUUAGAUAUUAAUCUGGCUGCAGAGCCAAAAGUGAACCAAGGAAAAGCAGGUGUGAAACGAUCUGCAGCGGAGAUGUACGGCUCCUCUUUUGACUUGGACUGUGACUUUCAACGAGAUUAUUAUGACAGGAUGUAUAGUUACCCAGCACGUGUUCCUCCUCCUCUUCCUAUUGCUCGGGCUGUAGUUCCUUCAAAACGCCAGCGUGUAUCAGGAAACACCUCACGAAGAGGCAAAAGUGGCUUCAAUUCUAAGAGUGGACAGCGAGGAUCUUCUUCCAAGUCUGGAAAGUUGAAAGGUGAUGACCUUCAGACCAUUAAGAAGGAGUUGACCCAGAUAAAACAAAAAGUGGAUUCUCUACUGGAAAGCCUGGAAAAAUUUGAGAAAGAACAGAGCAAACAAGGAGAGAUGAAGAAUGAUAAGUCAGAAGAGGAGCAGAGCAGCAGCUCCCUGAAGAAAGAUGAGACUAAUGUGAAGAUGGAGUCUGAGGAUGCAGAUGACUCUGCUGAGGAGGGGGACCUACUGGAUGAUGAUGAUAAUGAAGAUCGGGGGGAUGACCAGCUGGAGUUGAUCAAGGAUGAUGAAAAAGAAGCUGAGGAAGGAGAGAAUGACAGAAACAGCGCCAAUGGCGAGGAUGACUCUUAAGCACAUAGUGGGGUUUAGAAAUCUUGUCCCAUUAUUUCUUUACCUAGGCGCUUGUCUAAGAUCAAAAUUUUCACCAGAUCCUCUCCCCUAGUAUCUUCUUCAGCACAUGCUCACUGUUCUCCCCAUCCUUGUCCUUCCCAUGUUCAUUAAUUCAUAUUGCCCUGCGCCUAGUCCCAUUUUCACUUCCUUUGAUGCUCCUAGUAGUUAUGUUAAGUCUUACCCUGUAAUUUUUGCUUUUAAUUUUGAUACCUCUUUAUGACUUAACAAUAAAAAGGAUGUGUGGUUUUUA